AUGCUCGACUCGUUGCCCAACGAAAUUAUUGAACAAAUUUUCGAGUUCGGAAUUGAAAUUCCGCAAGAAAUUCUUUCUCAUUCUCGCGUUUGCAAACAAUUUUAUGAAAUUUUGGAAAAUACAAAAAUGUGGGAAAAUGUAAAAUUGGAAAAUGUGUCGAGAUUGAGGGUUGGAUUUAGGUGGUCUCAGUUGAUUUCUAAUCCGAUUGAUAGGGUGUUGGAUACGAUGAAUGGAUUUUUUGAUAGAUUGAAAGGAGGAUAUGCAGAUUCGAAAGGUGUUUCACUUUUAUCUGAAAUUAGGGAGAAUGUCAAUAUGAAAGAGUAUUGUAAAUGGAUGAAAUAUUAUAGGAGGGAUAAAUAUUUAAAGAAAUUUUUAUCAUUAGGCCAUUUAUUGUAA